GCCAUGGAGCAAAACCUCGGGACAGCCCGCCCUUCCUCAGGUUCCAGCGGCCCCGCCUGCAGCUCCAAUUCAUCAAGAUAUUGAGCCUAUGAUUCUAAGUGCAAAAAGCUCAAUAUACAACAACUUAACAAUUUUACGUGGGUCCAUGGACCCAAAGGAAGCAACGGAAUUAACGGAAACAAUUUUUUAUAAGAAGAGCCAAAUCCUGCGGGAGCUGGAGCGUUUAAAUGGCCCGGUUAAUGGCCCAAUACUUUGGCAAGAUGGCUGGGAUACCAUACCAUCCGAAACCCCCAAAGCGGUAAGGAGUAUCAGCCGAAUACGUUGGAUAUGAUCCGGCGCAGUUUGCAAAGAUAUGGGCUAAAUAGUGACUACUAUAAAAAAUUCUUAAAUGAGAGGGUUCAUACCAUGGAAAAUGCAAAAUCCACUAAGUUGAAACUUGAGGAUCUUACAAUAGCCAAAUUGGAUGAAUUGAAUCAAGCCAAGCUAAUUGUGGGUCGAUGGGAACGAAAUACGAAUAAUAUAAUAAAAAAAGAACUACGUUACCCUGAUUUUUCUUCUAUGAAGAAAGUACGUAGGCACUCCUCAGCGAGGACGCGGGUUUUAAAGUCGGUUCUACACAUUCGAGAAGACACACCGGCUGGAUCAGAAUUCUAUCGGUCGCGGAGUCGGCGGACGGCUCUGCUCCAACUUCAUCGAGGUGAGACGCAAUCUCCAUGGCUCCAUGUAUUUUGCAUGCUCUAGCGUAUGUAGUGUUUCCUUCGUUAGUUUCAUUCAUUUCAGUUCGUUUCUAGUUGCUUGCUGGACUUGCCCCGUACCUUUAUUUGCCUUGCAUGGUUUUCCAUUUUCAUCCUGCUGUGAAACCAAUGUAUAUAGCUUUCAUUACUUGCUUGAUAAAGCCUUAAUAAAUUGCUAGGUGGAUAAGUGUAUCGCUAUGAUUGGCUAUAAGUCUCAGAAUUCAAGUUACACUAUGCUGGAAAACAAGCUAAUAUAAGAGAACCAGUAGCUUAAUUGAUAUCUCAACGUAUGAGUGAUCUGUUAUUGUAAAAUGCUCAUAUAAAAUAAAUGCGGUUGAAUUGUGAUGGUGUCUGCCUACUUGUAGUUUGUAUUUGCAGUUUAGAUGAUAUGAUUCCUCAGUUCAUUUGAUUUCCUAUUCAAUAAAAUAGUAAUUGUGUGAUAAGAUGAUAAUUACCCGAUGACCAAGGUGGUCAAAUUGGUACUUGUCAGGAGAUGUCAUGAAACAAACAUGCAAGCAUAAUUUAUUAAUUAUUUUGUUCCAGAUGUAGUGUAAUACUUCAAUAGAAUGAUAUGCUGCAUAGGAAGAGUGCUGUUGCUAUAGCUGUUCCUAUUUCAACUAGGUAGGCCUUCGGUAUUCAUGCUUCCUUCUAUCAAGAGCAUUGUGGCAGUACGAAAUCCUUCCUCAGCCUUGUUUAUAAUUUUCACCGGGCAUAUCUUAUUUUUGGACACUUGCUGCAUUCUAACCCAAUCGCUUACCCGUUCGCUUCUUUCCAUUGCUUCAACGCUUGUUUCAAGCAAUAGUCAAGAGUUACUAAAGUAGUUUGUCCUAUUCAAAGCUAUAAUCAGUGACUAAUAUGCACACAACAAUAAAGACAGUUGUUUUUUCUAGUGAGAAAUCGAGUACUGUUUUUACACAGCUAUAGCGUCUGUGAAUUUGACAGAAAAGCAAGGUGAAAAGCCCACUACGCGGUAGGUCGACAUUCCUUCUUCUUUCCAAGCUUCUGGUGGUAUCUAUACCUUUCGAGACCAAGCCCUGCUACAAUUCAUUGCUGGAAGAGACUGCUAGAUUGAUUUUGAAUAGUUCGCUUCAGGGUUGUAGAUAAUGCUCUAUCAAAGAGCGCCAGCGUACGUGCUCGAAAGCGUUAGUCAACUAGCUACUUGUCCUUGGUUUUAUCUAGUGUGCCCCUUCAUUCAAUCUCUAACUCAAUGUCUACCCACAUACCUUUCCUUUCUGAAUCAGAGCUUUGCUUACACAUCUAAUUCUACAUUUGACCCAUUUGACAGAUAUUUUCUAAGGCUGAAAUCACACAGUUCUUAUCCCGGCAUCUUACUUACUAUUUUUAAAACGACUACUCUUUCCUUUUCCUUUAGGGUUAUGGGGUGAUAAUCUCCCGUUGCUAUGGGGGAAGUCACUGAGAGCUCUGAGUCGGAUGAGGUGGAAACUUUGCUCUUUCUCCUUGGCCGGAAGGAAAGAAACUUGCUACCUUCAGGAAGGCUGUUUCCCUCGGCUAGAUAGAAUGGAUAUCCAUUUGUUGAGAAUAGAAAUAAGCCUCCCUCCUAGAGAUGCCCCACUAUCAAUGAGAACCUUUAGGAAACCUAACACACAUCUGCGCCGUAAAGAACUCUUGAUCAGCUUGCUCAGUAGUCAUAGCUUAACGGAAGGAAAUCCUCGUUCACUACCUACAUGCUCCACCGGGGGUACGCCCCAACCCGAUCUUCCAUAAUGCAUCAAGCUAGCCUUAGGCACCAAUUCUCACACACCAAUGCAAGGGAAUUACGCCGAUGAGUGAAACCCCCCUUUUAUCAACUGAACACUUCCCCUUUCCUUGAACCAGAAACGGCAACCGGCACCUCAAGAACAGAAAGAAUGGAGUUCGUGAUGCCCUUAAUGGACGGAAGGAUGAUAGGAUAAGGAUAAAUGGCAAUCAACAAGAGCAGAGGUUAACACCCUGGUAUCGACUAGUUGGUUGGAAAGCGUUUUGGCAAGACCUCCCUAGUGCCUGUUCAGAAAAUACGUAUCGUGAUAUCAGUAUCGGGGUGGUAUUGGUUCGGGUCUCAUCUCAAAUAAGCUUGACCUAAGAACCGCCCAUUUAAUAAUAUAUAUAGACCGGGUUCAUUGGACUUAUCAAUUUCCUUUUAUUGGUGGGUUAGGGCCUCGGUUGGUUAGGGAAUUACCUCCACACGAACGAGUAUUUAUUAGCAGCACGGGCAGAGUUUGACUCUGGUGCAUUUUCACAGAAGAGCACUCACUACUUAGCGGAGUGUGUUAGCCUCAUUUCCAACUACUAGUUUUACAUAUAAACUUCGUGAGAAAGAUUGGAGUUUCGAGGCCCCAUACUGACUGAAAGAAUAGUACCUUGCAUUUUCUAAUAGAUUUUAUAGAAUAUACUCUUUUUGACUUUCAUAAUGGUCUUUUCUUUCUGAAUCCGAGCGGAGUAUUCCUUCCUUAGAGCUCUUUCCUGGGCGACCUGGCUUGCUUGUAAAUAUAUAGUGGGUAAUUUUGGCAUAGUCGAUCAGUUCAUUACUAGAUUCUCCAACUUAGGGAAUACUUUCUUCUUUUCCUACUCUUACCUGCCGGGGAAUUGACUUAACUUAAAUGAGUGAAUUUACUACAAUACAAGACAAAAGAAGCAAGACCUUACAAUAGCAAUUCAACGUAGAAAAAUAGAUUUUAUUUUCUCACUUAAAAUUCCUUCAUAAGAAACUCAUCUCUAUACUCCUUGCCCUACUACUCUUCUCAUAUAUAGGUGGUUUUUUAUACCUCUAUUGCCAUUUCUUCAUAUUCGAAUUUAUCCCCACUGUCCAGCCCUAUCUCAGUUUAAACUCCAAUAUGCUUCCCUAGUUCCUAAGCAUAGACAUUACUAAAGAAAGUCAUCUAUCUCAUAGUUCCACUUUGAUACCUAUCCGUUUUUCAAACCCUAUAGCAGGUAGCUCAGACUAGUACCAUCUUUCUUGACGUUGCAUUUCCAAACUCAAAACAUACGAUAGUAGAUCUUAGUCCGGCAGCAAAAACGACUAGCGUCGCUUCAACAACAGAUAUAGAAGAAGAAAGAACUCAUAGAGAGAUAUUAUAAGCUACUUUACCUCCUUACCUGCUUGCUUAGCAGGAUGCGUAUAUACCAGACCUAAGUUACCUACUUUCCUCUCCUCUACUAUGAAAAGAAAGAAAGCCUACUACUCUUGUGUUGACUACAGAAAAGAAAGAACUCAUAUCGUUAAGCGAGAGUGACUUUCGCUUACGGGAAGCAGCACAGGCGAAGUACUCUCGUGAAUAGAAAUAAAACCGCUAGUUCAAAGCAGUUCAAGCCAAAAAGAAUAACCUCUUUCGGCGGGACUCAGUUCCAAGCACGGUGGACUGCGGGAUGCUUACUCUCAUCUCUCUUUCAGGAUUGAUUCCUGCUCACGAUAGCUUGCUUGGCUACUUUACUAUACCUCUGAAUCCUUCUCUACCCAACUGACAUAUCUCUAUUCUCCGCGGCAUCACUCAGUCUCUGAUUGUCUUAAGGGCAGAGCUCACUCUCCCAACUAUCCGGACAGGUAUCUCAUUGAUCUUUCAUUUUCUUGAUCUUCUAUUAAAUGAUGAACUUGCUAAUGCAACUUAUUCUACUAAAUGCUAGAAGCAAACCAACAUGCUAGAGACAAAGCUAACAACUACUAUUCGAGAAAAGGAAGAAAUAAAGAAAUAAAACAACAACAGGUCUUUGCAAUACAUCAGUAUUCUUCUACAACAAGAAGAAGAGGCAAUACAUAAGUAUUAUUCAUAAACAAGAAGAAGAGGCAAUACAUAAGUAUUAUUCAUAAAGGCAAUAUCUCUACACACCACACCUGAAAAGAAAAUACUGAACAAUACAAUACUUAUGCUCACUACACUCUUGAUCAGGAAGUACCAGCUCCUCAUAAGUGAGACAACAGAACAGAAGUAGAAGCUACCGGAUUCACGCCCGCUAAGAAAACCUCUUCUUCUUUAGAUCCUGAAAAAACGAAAAUAAGUAAGAAGGAGCAGUAGUAGGAAGACUUAAGUGACUUCGUUCAUUUACGUUGAGAUAGACGAGUAACUACUUUUUUCUAUUUUUCAGGAUCUACGGUCACCGCGGAGGGCAGCCUUCACGAUGAGCGAUUGCUGUUCUUCCAGCAGCGCCCUCUUCCGCAUUUCAAGAAUGCGGAUUUGCCUCCGAACAUCCUGUGUAUGAUUGUGUAUCCAAAGUUGUGCAUUGGGCAUCCAAAGUUGUGGAUCGACGGAAUAGAGAAACAGGGGGUCCUGAAGGAAAUCUAAACUUUCUUUGCAGUAAUGCAAGCUUAUCGUUUUCUAGAGCCUGCUGUUCCUGAGGUAUUAUGGCGAGUCUUGCUGCGAUAUCCAUCGCUUUGACUCGGCACUUGUCCCGCAAAAUGGAGAGUGCGCCGAAGCUUCUAUUUAUAGGCGAGCCUAUUCUUUAGCGGAAGAAUUUCUUAUUAGAAGUCCUUUUUUUAAUAGACUGUAACAUAGAUAAUUUGCCCGGCACCCAGCAAGAGGAUGCGCCGCAACGGCUUGAUAGCUAUCAAGAAAUCCUGCCUGUUCAGAGUAAGAAAACGGAUGCGCUUUAGCUUUCGCGCUAGAAAGAGAUAAUGAAUGCGAGCAAGUGAGUAACGUAGAUUCUACACGUUAUACGUUACUCAUUUGUGUAGAACAUAAGAGAGCCCUCCAUUAGUGCAAAAAAGAAUGAAUCCCUUGAUAAGGCCCCCGGGUAUCGACACGCGGCUUAAUCCCGAUCACAUCCUGAGGCAAUAAUAGAGCGAAUAAUGAAAAGAGUACUCCACCACGAGCAGCGAAAGCACGCUCAGCCAAUCCUCACUCGACGGCUCCGUCCUUGCUUAAGGAAAAAGCCGAACCACUCGCAGAUGGAUCUUUUUUUUUCUACCUUUACUGCUCACUCUGUCAGUCCACUAACACCAAACAUAUUCACGUCAUGAAAGAAUAGAUUCCAGAUAAAAAGUAUACUAGCACAUAUUCACGUCAUUAAAGAUUAGAUUCCAGAUUUUGGGUAUAAAGUAUACUCUCACAGAUUCAUCCUUGAGUGCGUGAAGAUAGGGCAAGGUAAUGCGGAGAAUGCCACGACUCUUAUAUGUUUCAAAUCGGGAUGGCAUGUGUCAUUUCUUAUAAGGGUCAGGGGCGUAGCGAGAGAGAGAGAUAGCUAACCUAGCCAUUGGCGGAGAGAGGGAGGCAACUGAAGCUUUUAGAGUCGGGUUUAGGUCUUCUUUUUGCUUGCCAGAAUCCAUCAACAGGGGCUCCACAGGGAGGUAUUUAUUCCAUAAAGUUAUCAAGUUAUAGUGGAAUUACCAACCGGACUGGCUUUCUCCAAGAGAGGGUUUUGUCUUUUCCGCUUCCUCGCGCAAAGAAAAAAAAAAGAAUCUCUUCUACGGCUACGGCUCCACCCACGAAUCUAGGUACUGAGAGACCUCACAGCUAACCUCAUUCCUCGCUUCAUAAGCACAUUGUUUAAUUACCCUUGAUUGUGUCCUCUGGCAUCCAGAUCAACGAAAAUGCUCAUCUUGUGGCUCUAUUCUCCUGUUCUCCGUUUGAAUACUACCGGGUAAGGUGGCUCGGUGAGAACAUAACUAGCCCUCCCGUCAGCAAAGUGAAACCCCCUCCUCUAGGCUUGUUACAGUGGUGGGUGAUGCACGUCGAGACCCAAUGAAUUGGACUUGAUCAUCACCAUCUGCGCCCGCAUCUUUGCUUGCACCGUCCGACUGUGAUUUCUCUGGAGUGUCAAAGAUGAGAUUAAAGCUUGGCAUUUAAGACUGUUAUGCAUGGAACUUUGUGGCUGCCUUUUUAUUUUAGUAUUACGCGGUGCCUUCUUUCCAAGGUAUGGCGUAUCUUCGCUAUUAGGGAUUGCAGUCUUAUCAGAGGGGUUCUCGGCGUGCCAUGCGUGUUAUCAGUUUCUGACUGGGGUGCCACUGGUGGGGUUAGGAUUCGGGGAGAUCUUAGAGGUGGUGAAACUGCUCAGAGAAACCCUGGUUCAUACCUUUAGUGGGUUCAGACUGGAAUUUACGUCCAGGGACGGGGGAGGAGCGCCACUAAGCAGACUCCUGCUCCAAGUGCUGGGUCUACUUGUUGCUUUGAACGAAGAAAAGGGGCAAUUGAACAUUGGAAUUCCCCUUCGACGUUGGGGAAACCGGCUCACAGUAGCUCUGGGUCGGUUACAGAAAGAAGGGCUGGAAUUCAAUCUGACCAACGGCGCUUCGAUUACUAAGGGUAAGGGAGCGCAUCAGGCUCUACUUAUUCUACGCCUUACAGGCUGACCCGAAAGAGGAUAAGAUAAAUUUUUGGUUCUUCCAACAUCUGGUAAGGAGAAGAGCUUUGGGUUUCCUAAGGGGAGCCCCACCAAGCGGGUUGAAAAGCCUCCACUCGAGUUUAAUUAAAACCCUAGUCAAAGAGAUACCCGAACUUAUGGGGGAAGUGAGGCAGAAGCAGGAAUCUUGUCCUUUCUUUAGCUCGCUGGUGUGAGCUGAGCUUGGCUAUCCGAGCCGAGGAAAGAUGUCAACCAAUGGACAACGUACGUAGUAAAGAUCGUGUAUUUACAACGGAAUAGUAUACAAAGGAAUUCUUCGAACACAUAUAGGUUACCAGGAUACCUAACAAACUUCUCAAAAACCCAAACAGGAAGAACCAUUACCCUUACUAGUACCAAGGCUAGAGAUCCGGAUUUGAACCAAGGAAUGGAAUCAAAUG